AAAAAGAAGAAAAAAAGUAAAUAAACUGAAAAUAAAAUUGCAAAAAAAGAGCCGGAAAAAAUCGAAAUAAAUGAAAAAAUACGCCAAAAAAUAACAUCAGUAGAUGGAAUAAAAAAAGGAAGAAAACUAUCGGCAGCCAUGAAACAUUCAACAAUAUUUUGGAUAUUUUGGUUGACAUUUGUCAGCAUACAUCACAAUCAAUUACAGUGUACAAGUGCUGUCGUAGUUCAACAACAACAGCUACAGCCAUUUCAGCAACAACAUAAAACAGCUGCAAUAUCAUCAACAUCAGCUUUAAUAAAACGACGACAACAACAAAGACAGCAACGACAACAGCAACAACAACAGCAAUGGUUUCCCAAGGGAACAAGUAAAGAAGUAAUAGGUGAUGUUGUCGAUAUCGAUGUUGCAGCAAAAGAAAAUCGCGAAAAGAAUGUCGAGAAAAAUAUCUUGACAAAAGCCCUCAAUGUUAAACAAAAGAAAAAUGCCAUAAAAACACUACAGCAAGCAAUAAAAGCAAAAGCACCAACAACAACAACAAAAUCUACGAUAACAUCAACAUCACCGACAACAGCUACAUCAACAAAAUUAUUCAUGCAACAAUUGCUAAAGCAACAUGAAGAAACAUUAGAAACAUUACAAAAAUUAAAUGAUACUGGAGGGGCUGCUGCAGUAGACUUGGCAGAGGAUUCUUUCGAAAUAGCUUCAGCUGAAAUACAAACAUUUCCUAACAUGCAAAUUGCAAAACAAUACAAAAGCCCUAGCAGUGAAAAAGAUUAUUUGAUUAAGAACUUUAAGGAAAAUCUACAAAAUUUACUUAAAUCUACUAAUAUUAGUGAUAUUAAAUUACAGCCGCAAUUUAAUGAAGAAUAUGUGUCGACAGCAACAACAGCUACAAUUAAACGUGCAGCUAUAAUGUUACAAACAACAUCAACCACCAAUGCGGUAACAACACCUACAACGUCGACAACAAUGCCGCCACUUGAAUUUAUUUCACCUACUUCCGGUGCAGCAGCAUCAUCAUCAGCAUCUACAACGGCAACAACUACUAACAGAGACUAUAAUAUAUUUUAUGCUCAUUCUACUCCGGUUGAACGUCGUCAUAUUAUACCCGAAAAAUUGCAAUAUACUAGAGAGAUUUUUAUCAAACAGGGUCGACUUAUGGGUAUUAAACGCAAUUUUCAACCAUCGUCUGGUUUACGUGCCGUCGAUCAAUAUCUUGGUUUACCUUAUGCUGAAGCUCCUGUGGGUAGUCGUCGCUUUAUGCCACCAGGUGCUGCCUUACCCUGGCAAGGAUUAAAGAUGGCUCAUCACCUACCACCCGUUUGUCCUCAAAAAUUACCGGAUAUCUCUUUACAGGGUACAGCUAAAAUGUCUAAAGGCCGUUAUAAACAUUUGACACGUUUGCUACCUUAUCUCAAAACGGAAAAUGAGGAUUGUUUGUAUUUGAAUGUGUAUGUGCCUAAUGAAAAUGAUGCCACUGCAACUGAUGCAGGUGGAGGAGGACCGGCAUUUGCUUAUGCCUCGGCUGCGGCAGCAAGUCGAGAUGAUAGUUUUAUGCAAAAACAUUUGUAUCCUGUUGUAGUCUAUAUACAUGGAGAAUCCUUUGAAUGUUUAUUUCAUCGUGCAAUUUUGAUGUCCGGUUCUGCCAUGUCUGAUUGGGCUGCUACAAAUCAUUCACUACAGCUGACAAUGCAAAUUGCUCAUGGCCUUAAUUGUCCGCUUAACGAUGACAAUGAAGAAAUGUUAUCAUGCUUGCGCCAAAAACGAUAUCAAGAUAUUUUAAAAAUACGUACAACAUUAUCACAAUUUUCAACUUCAUUGGGUCCAAUUGUUGACGGACAUGUCAUACCUAAUCAACCCUACAAAGUAAUGGGACAAUACACAGAACAUUUUAGUCGUUAUGAUUUAUUAUUUGGUAUUACUGAAUCUGAAUCGUAUCAUUCGUUGGGUGCUUUAGCUUUGGAGGAAGGAUUACGUGAAAAUGAACGUGAUAAUUUAUUGCGUUUCUAUAUGCAAAGUCGUUUUGAUGUUCGUCCUGAUUUAGCAUUAGCGGCUACACUAAAAAAAUAUAGUGAAAUGUACAACAAUCCCAUUAAGGCUACAAACAUGGAACAUCGUGAUGUUGUUUUAGAUAUUUUAUCAGAUGCACGUGUUGUUGGACCACUAAUGCAGACAGGUUUAUUUCAUGCUGAUGUGAAUCGACAUAAUUAUAUGUAUGUUUUCGGACACAAUAGCUUUGGUGGACCACAUGCAAGCUUGCCACAUAGUAUAGCGGGUGAAGAGUUGGCCUUUGUAUUUGGUGCACCAUUAGCAUCCGCUGGUCUUUUCCAUGGCACUCAGUAUACAGCACAAGAAAAACUUUUAGCCGAAGCUGUUAUGUCAUACUGGUGUAAUUUCGCAAAGACAGGCAAUCCUAAGGCUCCUUGGAAGGGUAAUUUUAUUAAUUUACAUGCCUUAGAAUGGGAUCGUUAUGAUUUGGAAUGGCCGGAAUUUAAUAAACGUUCUCAAGCAUACAUGAAUAUUGGGAUACCACCGUCUGUUGGUUAUAAAUAUCGACAAGUCUAUAUGAAUUUUUGGAAUAAAGAAUUGCCCGAUGAACUCAAUCAAAUUGCACAAAUACAACAGCAGCCAUUUUUACAAACUAACAAUUACAAUAGCAACAGUAACAGUUACAACAAUAACUAUGAAAAUGGAAAUGUUGCAAGCGGAACUACAGCAAUUUAUCCCAAACGUUAUGGCUCAAAACUAGAUGUAAUAACUGGUCAUAUGAAUAAAUUUGGUACACGUGAUAAUGGUGCUGAAGAUCCGGUUAGAACAUUAAAACUAUUGCUGCAAGAACCGUAUGCAAGUGGUAAAGAGACACAAGCGGAGAAUAUGUAUAAUGCACCACCGUCUACGCAAUAUAAAGGUAUAGUUGUGGCAGGUGGCAAUGUACAAGGAAGUAGUGUUGAUGAUGAUAAUAAUAAUAGUAAUAAUAAUGAUGAAGUAAAAGCUCAAGGCUAUGAAAUACGUUAUAAUGGUUAUAGCACCAAGACGGCUUAUACUACACGUUCUCCCUAUAAUGCCGUUUAUGGCUCAAAACAAUUUGACACAUAUAUCAGUAGUGGUGGAGGCAGCAGUGCUAAAGCACAAGGUGUUGGUUGGGAUAAAAAAUACUACGAUGGCAGCAGCAGCAGCGGCAGCACUAGAAGCAAGAUAAACAAUGGCAAUUAUGUAAAUGAGGAUAACAAGCCAUCCGGGGAUGAAGCUGACAAUAAUGAACAUGUGGCCAAAUCAGAAACCACUUUACAUUUAUUAAUCGGCUUAAUUAUUGUAUUCAUCAUUUUGAAUGUCAUCAUUUAUUCUACUUUUUUGAUGCAAAAGAAAAAGAAAACAAAAACUUUACAGCGUAAAUUGGGUGGUGGCAUAUUAACCUAUGAUGGUACCACAGAUGAUGAUCUGAAAAGAUCCAAGACAAAUACUUCUCAACAUGGAGAUGAUGGUGAUGAUAGUUUUAUAAUGGAUACUAUGAGAAAAUCAAAUACUUAUGAACAGGUUAAGACUGAAAGAUCUCCUAUUAAUGGUUUUAAAAUAACAAGACAAUUAAGCUGCUCAACAGUGGAUACUCACACGAAAGUAAGUGAGUGGAUAACCACCACUGAACCUCAUAAACAGGCCACUUUGCAGAGAAGACCUAGCAGUGGUAGGAAUUCGAAAAAGUCUUCCUCGUUCUCUAGUUCCCUAAGAGGCAGUGGUUCUUUUGGCAAGCCUCAACCCUGCAAAGUAAGUGUAGCCAUCGAUGCUACACCAGAGGGAAGAGGCAGCAGUGUCCUGGAGCAGGAGCCCAUAGAGGUGACAAAAAUGAAACAGGAUGGUCGUAAUAUUAUCAUAUGCCAAGAUAUAGAGGUAGAAGAUCAAGAACUUCUAACCCCUCAAGAUUCUUUAGACAAUAGCCGUUACACAUUAAUGCGUCAACAUUCAGCAGCAACGGAAGCCUGUGAAACAGAACUUAUACAGCCUAUACAUCAACAUUCGCGUUCUGAUCCCGUAGAAAUGUACUACAAUCAAAAUGAAAAAAUCACCAGUUUUAUAUCGAACGAGGACAAUAAUUUGCAGGAUAUAAAUGUAACCAGCAGAGAAGAUGACUAUGAUGUACCCGCCGAGGCCUUAACAGCCGAACAACAAUUAAAUGUUAUAAAAAGAAGAAAAUAUCCCAAAGUUUUGCCCACUUAUAUGCAGCACGAAAGAGAAACAGAUUCACCACCCAUGACUAAAGAUUUAAGCACUACUUAUAAGCGCAAUUCAUUACCACCUAAUUCUUACUUUCCACAUUUUGCUCACAGCAAACAACAACCACCUUUGCCACCACCCCGCACCAUAGCCACGUUGGGACGAAAGCCUUCAAUUGGUAGAAGAAAUAGUAACAAUAUUACCACCUCACCUCUAAUGGUGGCUCAUGACUAUGCCGAGGAGGAAGAGGAGGAGCCAGAAAUAACACAAAACACUUUAAUAGUGGGUUCAUUAAAACCCACUGAGGGUUAUUACUCAACCUUGAGAAGACAGAAUAAGCCAGCUAACGUUGAUACACAAGGAGAAAAUUACCAUAUUCCAUCAACAGCAGCACCAGCAGUAGCAUCAACACCACUGGCAAGUCAACAGCAGCAACAACAAUCAGUAUUUCAAUCAUUUGAAUCUAAGCCACCCUACUAUAAGACACCCGAAAGAGAAGUUACAGCUCAUCUUACAGAAAGGGUCUACUGCAUACAAGCACCCCAAACAAAUGUCCAACAUCAGCCUUCAUGUUGUAACUCAGAACCUACAACACCUACCAUCUAUUAUACACCUACAGCAAUGCCUAUGGCCAUGAUAAAUGACUCGUAUGCGGCAUUACCACCAGGUAUUGUUUAUGCUCAACCUAAAAAGUCUCAUAUACCACGUAUAGUACCAAAUGCAGCAGUACCAGUAGUGGCAGCAACACCAUCUAACACAAGUCUAUUACAUUCCAGUAUAAAUGAAAAUCACGGUAUAGUGUAUUCUCAGGCCUCUUCAAGCGAUGCUGUUGCAAACAAUUGCAAAGAUACAACUAAUUGCUGUCAGGUUUUGCCAAAGGUACAAAAUGACAAUCAAGUGUCAUCUAGAGAAUCUUUACAAACACCUGAUAUAAAUACAGCAGCAGCAACAAUGCUACCACAAACAACUACAACACGUAUACCACAAUUAUAUAAAAAUGCAAAUGUAGCUACCAUACAACAACAAACAAGCAAUAUUGAUAAAACAAAUGCAAAUAUAAUACCCAAGGCAACAACAAUGACACCUAACAUAUUGACAGCAGCAAACAAACUAACUUUAAAAACAACAACAACAACAACAACAACACCAACCGCAACAACUGAAUUAUCCUCAACAAAAGUAUUAUCCUCAGCUUUAUCAUCACCACCACCAACAUUAUCGACCUCAUUAGCAACAUCAUCAAAUUCUUCGUCUUCUUGUUGUACAAAAGCAACGACAUUGACAACAACACCUUCUCCUUCAUCCACUUUGACUUCUUCCGCCUUUGGUAAUUGCCAAAGUUGUGAUGUGACAACACCAAAGUCUCCAUCUAAUAAAACAUCAUCAAUAACUUCAUCAUCUUCAUUGUCAUCGACAUCAUCAUCUAUACAAUCGGAUUCAGCAUCUUCAUCAUCUGCUACUUCAUCAUCUACUGGUACUGUACGCACAGAAUUGCAACAGAAAUGAGAGACAAGUGUAGAGAUAUAAAUAUCAUCAAUUGUCAGGUGUUGAUUUAGUAUCUUUAGCUUUGCAGCAUGAAUAUUGGUGGCACAAGUAACAAUAUGACUUGAUUUUGUAAAUAUUUUUAUUUUAGUUUCUUUUUUUAACCAUAACAAUAAUAUUCUGCAUAUAUGCAUGUUAUUAUGGUAGAAUAAAAUAUUACUUUUAUAUAACUACAUAUACAUAACUGUAGUUAACUGUAGUUUAGGAUAAAAGAAAUGUAUUAAGUAAUAUUAAAUAUAGCUUAAGUCCAAUGUAUUUUUGUUCAUAAGCCUUACAUUAAGAAGCCAUUGAAAUGUUGAAAGUUUUCCCAAUGUUUGUAUAAAACAAUUAAUACAAAAUAACAUUAUUAAACAUGCAGUUCAAAUAACCAUAUAAGUUAUGUUUAUAAACUAAAUAUUGGUAUUAAAAUAGAAUUAAGUAAAAUUUAAUAAAUAUU